AUGGAGGAGGAUGACAUCGUGGACAACACGUGGGCGAAGCAAGCCGCGGAGGCAUUGUUCGGAGGCGCGCGAAGAUCCGCGCCGACGACGCCGGACUGGCGCCGCGCGCAGCGUGCAGAGCGCGCCCCCGAAGCGGCGUCGUCCAGCGACGACGACGACGACGUCGACGUCGACGCGCGCCGUCGUCGACGCGCGGCCGCGGCGCCCGCGGCGCCCGCGGCGGCGCCUCCGCCUCCGCGCGCGGAACCACCGAGCCCGGUCUCGAGCCCGGUCGCGACGCGCGCGGCCGGGGAGCCCGCGCGAACGGGACGCCGGCUGAGAGACGGCGAAGUCGUCGCGUUCGUAUCCGCGAACGGGCUGCCGUACGUCGCGCGUCCGGCGGAGGGCGCGCGCGCGUCCGGCGCCCCGACGCGGUUCGUGGAAUCCACGCUGGAGGACGCGGUCUCGAUCGCGGACCCGGCGACGCACCUGGAGUUCGUGCGCCAAGGGUCCUUCUUCGGAUUUCGAUCCGCGGCGGCGGGGGGUAAGUUUCUCCAAGCGCGGAAACGCGCGACGGAGCGUUUAGUCUUCUUCAACCCAAACUUUGGCGUGAACGAGCAGUGGGAGACGUUCGACGAGCCCGCGAACGUGGAGUGGACGUCCGCGUCGAUGCGAUUGAAGUCCAGGCGGCUGCCGAACGUGAUUUUGAAAGUCGAGGUGUUUCGCGUGCCGGAAAACAUGCGCGACGCCGUCGGGGCGCGCGCGGGCGCCGUCGAACGCGCGUCGCCGACGACGCUCGAGCGCGCGUCGCCGUCGCCGUCGCCGCCGGCGAGCGCGAGCGCGAGCGCGAACGCGAACGCGAGCGGGAUCGUCGUCGCGACGCCGCAGACGGCGCAGACGGUGAUGUCCUUGUCCGAGGCGUCGCCGAGCCCGGUGCGGGACGCGCCGCCGUCGCCGCCGUCGAGCGGCGCGUCUUCGGAGGAGCGCGUCGCGGCGGCGCGGCGGCGGGUUGAAUUCGACGGUCGCGGCGCCGCGUCCGACUCCACCGCGGACUCGCGACUCCAGGCCCCCCCGCGCGCGGACGACCGGUCGGUGUCGAACACCCCCGGGAGCACGGCGUCGCGGCCGCCGCCGCCGGGGCACCGCGCGGAUGAUUCCGGAUCGAACGAGCAAGGGAACGCGUUGCGGACGAUGUCCGGCGUGCUCAUCAAAGAGUGGAGCGCGUUCGUGCUGAAAGAAGUGCGCGCGAGGAAAGAGGUGGAGAAGGAGCUUCUGCGCAUGCGCGAGGAGACGCGCGCGCUCGCGAUGCACGUCCGGGACGAGAUUCAAGUCACGAGGCAGGAGUGGAUAUCCGACGCGUCGUUCUGCGGCGCGGAGGUCCGAGGACUGCUCGAGAAGCAGUCGCGGCAGCGGAGGAAAGUCGUCGAGAUGGCGCGGAAAGGGUUCGGCCGGCGUUGGACGCUGCGAAACUUCCUAAGCUGGCGCGAGAACGCGGCCGAGCUCGCGCGACAGCGCGGCGUCGCGACGAGAGUGACGCGGAGGAUGCGGUAUUUCAACCUCGCGCGCGCGGCGAGCGCGUGGCGGUCGAUGUCCCGCGAGCGCGCGGUCAAACGCCGAGUCUUGACGCGCAUGGUCGGGCGUCACUCGCGACGACGCACCGAGGCGAGUCUUCGCGCGUGGCACAACCGCGCGGCGUUCAUCACCUCGCGCCGCGUCGAGGCGCUGAAGAUGGCCAAGGCGACGCGCGCGAAAUUCAAACGACGCGUGCUUCUGUGCUGGCACGGCGGCGUCGUCGGCGGCGGCGGGCGCCGAGGGGAAUACCUCCUCGAGUGCGUCGCCCGCCGCGCCGCGAGGAGACUCUCGCACCAGUCCCAACACGCCGCGCUGCGAGGCUGGACGCGAUACGUCAGAGAGCGCGUGCGCCUGCGCGCGGUAGCGACCGUCGUGGCGCGGCGGUGGUCGCGGCAUUCGCUCGCGGACGCGACGUGGGCGUGGUUCAAAGUCGCGCGCGGGCGGAACCGACGCCGGAACCGGCUGUCCGAGCUCGUCCUCCGCGUCCUGAACCGAACGAUGCACGCGAGUUUCGUGCACUGGCACCGAGAGGUCGUCGAGUCUCGCCGACGGAUGCUGCUCACGCGCGUGACGUCCGCGCAUCUGCGUAGAAACGCGCUGAGGCACGGGUUCGUAAACUGGGCCGCGUCGUGCGGCGCGCUCGCGCACAAGCGCCGACGCGUGAUGGACUUUCAACGACGAACGAUCGUGAAGUGGCGGUGGGGCGCGCUGAACGCGUCGUUCGAGCGGUGGCGCGGGGUCAUCGUGGAGGUACACGCGCUUCGAAGCCGCGCGCGGUGGUUCAUACGACGCGCGCAGAACCGAACGCUCGGGACGGCGUUCUCCGGGUGGAUCUCGCGGGUGCUGUAUAAGCAAGCGUGCAGAGACAACGCGGAGCUGUACCUGCUCCGGUUGCGACGGUCGAAGGCGUACAAAGCCCUGCGAGGGUGGAAGUUCGCGGCGUCGCGGCGCAAGGACGCGCGCGAUCGCUGCGGGAAGAUGGUCCGGAAGUGGAUGAGCUUCCGAACCUCGAGGGCGUUUGAGGGGUGGUCGUCGAGGACGCGCGAGAACAAAAUACGACGGAUCCGCGCGACGUCGCUCGUGUGGCGCAUGAGGAACCGCGCCCUCGCGAGCGCGUAUCACGGCUGGUUCGCCGCGGCGCAGAGAAACGCGCGGGCGCGGGAUGCGGUGCGACGCGUCCGCGCGCCGAUGCUGCAGCGGUGCCUCACGUUCGCGUUCAAAGGGUGGCGCGAGUCCGUCGCGACGAAAAAGACGCGGCUCGCCUUUGCGCAAAAGAUUGUCCACAAGAUGCGCAGGAUCAAGACGUUCUGCGCGUUCGAGCGAUGGGUCUCCGUCGUCGACGCGUCCGCGGACGCGAGAGCGACGCUGCGGACGGUCAUCGCGCGCAUGAGGAAGGUGAAGACGUACCACGCGUUUCGAGCGUGGGUCGCGCGCGUGGCGGACGCCGUCGAAGAACGGCGGAAAGUCGACGUCGCGGCGCGGUGGCGCGCGAGACGCGAGAGCGACCGCGCGGAAGCGAUGUUCCUCGCCUGGGCGACGGAGGCGAGAGACGCCGCGAGCUUCAAGCGCAGAGCCGCGCGGGCGGUCGGGCGCAUACGCGACUCGGUGCUCACGCGAGCGAUGAACAAGUGGAUGGAGUCGAUCGAGGAGGAACGCCGGAUGAAGACGCUCGCGCGACGCGGCGCGAAUCACUUUUCCCGUCUGCUUCUUCGCCGCGUCGUCGCGGGCUGGCAGAAGCGCGGCUUCGCGCAGGAGCGCUCGCGGCUCAAGGUGAAGAGAGCGAUCGCGAAGCUCAACAUCCUGCGCGUGUCGCGCGCGUACCUCACGUGGCGGUCUCACGUCGCGAGGGACCUCCUCGCGGUGAGAAGCGAACGCCGCGCGAUCAAAUUCUGGCGAGGCGGGAAGUUUGUCCACGCGUGGCGCAAGUGGCGCUCGCACGUCGACUCCGCGAGAGUCGCGCUGCGACUCGCGCGUCACACCGCGAAGCUCAACGCCGCGGUCGCGCGCAGGGACUCGCUCCGCGCGACGUGGAGGGCGUGGCGCGCGUACAACGCGGAGUACGUCCGCAAGGCGAACCUCGUGUCGAAAGGCUACGCGAUGUCGCGGCGCGUGUACAAGCAGUCCGUGUUCGAUCAGUGGCUAGAGUACGUCGCGGACAUCGAACGACGGAAGGACACGCUCAGGAAGUGCGUCACGUCGAAGCGUCUCAUGACGAAGUGGUUCCUGGACUGGUACUGGCAGGCGUACGAGGGCGACAUCACGUCCGCGCUCGGUCUCAUCACGGAGACGUCCUCCGACGUCAUCGGCGAGGUUUUCGGGGAGAACCGCGGCGUGAACCGCGGGGUGUUUCAGCAGUGGCAGCAGUUGGGCGCCGUCGCGGAGGCGUUCAGCGCGCCGAUCGAGGAUCACGGCGCGGGGCAGGUCACCGGCGUCGCGAGCAGGAAGGCGGCGGCGAAGUGGCAGGGAGGGGCCGCGGGGGGGAGCAAAGGGCCGUACGAUUCCCCGGCGUCGCCGUCGCAGUCAGAGUCGAGGCGAGCCUGGAUGGACGCUCGGCGCAUGAUGGACGACGAGCCGGACGUGGAGUGAUGAGCGGCGAUCGCGUUUGAUGACGGGGCCCGCGAAGCGUCGCCCGCUAAAGAAUAUUUCCGGAAGUACUAUCUACGUUCUAAAGAGAAUACUUAAAUG